AUGAUGGCCAGCAUGCCCUGGAGCUGGAGUUGGGUUCCAUGUGCACUCUUGUCACCGCAGCCGUUGCAAGACUCUUCAUAUCGGCCGGAGCUCAAGGAGCUGAAAGGGCUUGGCGAAAAGUCCCGCCGAUCUGCCGAUGCCCGGUGGGGUGACUACGCUUGGCCGAACUUUCCAGAGCACUGGGCCUUCCCUGGCUGGCAUCAGGUGCUCACAGCCACAGCGGUUUCGGAUGUGGCCCGCUUGGGCGGGGCCAUUGCCGCUCGCAUCCGGCAGGCUUGGCCGGGAUUCUUGUAUCAAAAAGGCUGCAUUGGCGCCAAAGCCGCCUUUCAGUUCGUGAAGGCGCUGGUCAAUGCGAUGGGCUAUUUGAGCCAUGACCCCGAUGCCCCGCCCGAGCGAUUUUUGGGCUUCCAAGUGAGAGAAGGCGAGGCCUCGGAGCGUGGCCGCGAGCUCCGCUUGCGGGUGCUGCCCCUCCACGUGGCCCCCAGCGAGCUCAAGGCCUCGCCGAACACCGCCGCCGCUGGUCCAGACGUCGCGGCCACGGACCUCCUCGUGGGGAACGGCACGGUGCCGGCGAAGGCGGCGGCCGCCAUGGCGGGCGCGCUGCGCCCGCAGGGCGGAGGUCAUGGAAAGUAUCCGCUGGUGCGGGCCAUGGGGUCGACGGCAGUGCACCGGGCGAUGGUGUCUGGGAUGUUGGCGCAGAGGAAGUUUCUGGACAAUGAUGAUCGUGGUGUGACCUUUUGCAUCGUACCCUACUGGUCUGUGGAACUCUCCUCGGAGCAGAACAAUAAGUACAAUAUCCAGAAGCGCAUCCGUGAACACAAACGACGAGUCAAGAAGGAAGCCAAAAAGCUUGGAUUGAAAAAGCGGAUCAGAAAAGAUCCUGGCAACUUGGCGAAUCGGGUCAAGGAGAAAAACAAGCUUGACCGGCAACAGCAGCGAAAGGAUGCAGAGGAGACGGGGAUUUGGUGGCUGGGAUGGUGCUUGCCAGUGGCAUUGUCUGACAUUGCUGGAAGUAAGCCUGGCAAUGUGAUAGUCUUCAACUUGGAGAUGCAGCGGAAGAAGGAGUCCGAGCGGCGGAAGAAGCGCGCGGAAGACGUGCUAAUGGCUCAGCUGGAGGCGCUGCAAAGGAUGCUGCAGAAAGCGGACAUCCUGCUGAUAACUUUAGAUGCCAGAGAUCCACUUCACUGCAGAUGUGCGGAGUUGGAAGCCUGGGUCAAACAGAAUCAAAAGCGCCUGAUCUUUGUCCUGACAAAGGUUGACUUAAUUGUACCUCAACAAGCUGCGGACUGGCAACAUGCACUUGGCCAGGUCGGUCCAGCAGCUUGUGUCCAGGUCGAAGCGGGUGGUGAAGGAGUUAAGGAGUUGCUUCACAUGCUGGGUGCUCGCAAGUCCAGUGAGGGCGAGGGCCCAACUGUCGGCGUUCUAGGCUACGAAGGCACUGGCAAGACGAAGUCGCUGCUGAAGGCCCUGCGCCGCGAAGCCGCCGGGGCGACGUCGCCACAGCUCGUGGAGUCGGUGGGACGCCUGAGACCUGCAGAGGACCCUGAGGGCGAGGAGGCGCUGAAUGCAACGCUGCACCUGGCCAUGCGGGGGCUGCUGUCGAAACGUGAAGCAGGCCCAGAGCCCUUGGAGGUGGUGCGGCACCUGGUCGCCCGCUGUGGGCCACAGGCGCUCAUGCGCCGCUAUCGGCUGCCGGCCUUCGACGGCCCUGAAGGCUUAGUGCAGGCUUGGGCCAAGGCGUUCAAUGUGAAGACCAAGAAGGGAAAAGUUCCAGGUGUAGAGGCAGCGGCUCAGCUCUUCUUGCAGCAGUUGGCCACCAGCCCCUGCUGUAGUUGUUUGCCUCCGGGUCAGUUGGAGGGCGGUGGCCUCUGGGAAGGACAUGAGCGGAAGGAUUUGGAACCUGUGAUGAAGGCACAGCUGGAUCUGCUGCGCGGGCGUGAGGCUUCGGGAGCUCGAGGCCUCACGUGGCCCUCCCAUGGCCUGGGGCCAAGCAUCGCGCUGCAGGAGUUGGAGCUCAUGGACCAUGUGGAGGAUGAAUCCGACGAUGGAAUGGAUGAUGGUGAGCGUCGUGUUUGUUUCCUAUUGGUGUUUGUUUCCUCUUGCCCGAUUGUGCUGUGA